AUGAACAGCGUUAGUCAAGAAUGUCAAGAGUUGAAAUUCUCCUACGAUGCUUGCUUCAAUAAGUGGUUCAGAGAGCAUUUUCUUCGAGGCAACUCCGACGCUUCAGUGUGUUCCGAAAUUUUUGCAGACUAUCAGAAGUGUGUAAAGGUUGGCACUGGAUAA